UGAUCGUAUGUUGAACUUUCACUUCCGUUUGCCUGCUGUACCGGUCUUUUGGUGGCGCGGUGAUCCGAAUUUCAGUUGCCCAGCCAACAAAACCACAAAGACAAGAUGGCUAAACAGAUCAGCCAGGAGACGUUUGAUGCAGUAGUGAAGGAGAACAUGGAGGAGUUUGAGAUGGAGGGGGAGGAGGCAGUCCAGGAGGCUGUGCAGCAGUUUGAGUCACAGGGUGUCGACCUCAGCAACAUCGUUAAAACUCUCAAUCUGGGGUCGUCACCAUCAGGAGGACCAGAGCACGCUGUGUUACAGGCACUGUCUGAUCUGUCCACCUUACUUACCUCCGACAGUCCUGAUCCAGAAAAACUAACCUCCGCUCUACAGACAUUCCAAGAACAGUGCAAAGUCAGCUUCUCCCACCGCAGCCUUGCCGCCAGCAAAGAUGGCUACAAGGUCAUGUUCUCGGCAUGUACCAAGUUCAACGAUGAUGCCAACAUGCUGUGCAGAUGUAUAGAAACUUUUGGUGCCUUUUUAGAGGGGCAACCCGACCUUAUCGAUGAGGCAAGCAUGACGUUUCUCGUACAAACUCUUACCAAGUUUCCGGAUGAUGCCCCGCUGCAGGCUAGCACCUUUAAGGCAAUUUACGCCACAUGUUUAAAGCACGAGACCAACCGACAGGCGUACAUAGAGCACGGCCUACUCCCUUGUCUGAUGAAGGCGCUUGAAACACACGGCGCCAACGCAGAUGUCGUGAAGUCCGCGUGCACAGUCGUAAGGGUGCUGACGUUUGAUGAUGACAUACGUGUUCCGUUCGGAAAGGCACACGAACACGCCAAAAUGAUGGUGAUGGAGAAUAAAGCAUUGGAGACACUCUUGGCUUGUUUAACAGCUUGUAAAGGGGAUGCAGGAACCACAUCAGAAGUCUGCCUGACGUUGAGCAGACUGGCGGUCAGGAACGAGUUCUGUCAGGCUAUUGUAGACCUGGGAGGACUGGACCUGGUGCUGAAUGUCAUGAGGGACAAUGUUCGACAUCAGGCUUUGGCUAGUCGUGGCAUCAGUCUGCUGAAGGCGAUCGCUGGGAAUGACGAUGUGAAGACCAAAAUUGUGCAGACAGGAGGGAUGGAGCUGAUCAUCACUGCACUUAACAUCCACAUAGGUGUGGCACAGGUGUGUGAGGAGGGCUGCGCUGCUCUGUGUGCUCUCGCUCUGCGAAACACGGACAACGUCAAAGCCAUCAUGGCGGCCAACGGAGCUGAGGCCGUGGUACAAGCCAUGAAGGUUCACAUGGACAAAUCCUCUGUUCAGAAACAAGGGUGCAUGGCCAUCCGUAACCUGGUUGCCAGGACCAGGGACUUCGCAGGCCCCAUCCUGGAGCUGGGAGCCGAGGACAUCAUCAACGAGGCCCGGGCUCGGCACAAGGAUGUGGAGGAUGUUGGGAAGGCCGCCAUCAGGGACCUAGGGGGGCAGGUGGAGCUCAGGGUGCUGUGGAAGGGGGAGGGGAGAGGGAUCAAGCACUGAUACAGAAGAACGGACAUCUGUGAAUCACUUUGUAUUUGCGUUAGCAAAUAUUCGUGGUCUGAGAAAAAUAGACUUGUUUGCAGAACUAUUCGUUUGCGAUGGUGCCAGGUGUAGCAAAAAUAGCUGGCAAAUUAUUUCUUCACUGUAAUGGUAAGUUUUGCCUUACAGAACUGACUGCAAAACCGCAAAUAUAAAAGUACUGCAAAAAAAUUGGGACUUAUCACAAUAUCACAGGUCUGGUGUUUAUGAUGUCACAUACAAACACAAUGAUUUCUAUCCAUUGUUUUUUCAGCAAACCAAUUUAUGUAUCAGUGUGUGUGUAUUUCAGUGUUUAAAACCAAGUAACUUUUGUAGCUGAAUAACACAAAUUUCUUUUUAUCUUUCAGUUGAAUUUUGUAUAUUAUUAGCUAAAUAAUGAGUUAUUGGGUGUACAUAUUUGUGUCAUUUUCCAGCCUGGUCAUUGGACUUGAAGAAUAGAUAUGUUUUUCACGCCUUUUGAAAGGAUUUGCACGUGUGAAGUUAACAAAAGGAUUGGUAAGUUGCAUCACAGUACACAAACAUAACAACAGCAAAUGUGUCAACCUAUGCUCGUGUUAUACUAAUACUCUGGAACUGUAAAGAUGCAAAGUAUAGGGUGUCUAUUACAUUUUGUCUGUUUUAUGUUCAAUGUUUAAACCUGGAAUUUGCCAGGUAGAUUUGAGUUUGUAUAAUGUAAUUACCGUUAUGCAAUUGUGACAUUGUACUCGACAAAUUUAUAGGUAUAACUCUCUCAGGUUUAACCAACCAAAAUGACAACACCCUAUUUUAAGGAUCAUGCAUAUUGGGAAAGUAGCAAAAC